AUGGAAGCGGUUUCAGUCAACACAUUUUCAAGCUUGGAUAUUACUUUCCCCCUUUCUUUCUUGAAAGAGUCGUUGUUGGCUCAUGAAAGUGAAAAUGCGGACGUUAUCCAAUGGGUUGCUAAAGAUUAUGAUACAAAAACAACUAGCAUUGCAACCCAAUCUAACACUACAAGCUAUAAAGUUGGAGGAGGAGAAAAACAGAAAGUCAUCCUGAUAUCUGUCAAGAGCGUCAAGUUCAAUAUCCUAGAAGGUAAAAUCGUUUGUAAUUUUCCAGAAAUUACAAGAUCAGUUGUCAUUCAGGAAGGGGGUCCGAGCUCAGAACGGAAAACGUUACCAGUGGAAAGUACUUUUGUGCAUGACAAUGCUGUAAGUACACAUGAAUCAGUGGAUGCCAGCUCCAUCGACAGAAUUGGGACCUCAUCGAAUUUUACAGACACACAUAUACCAGUCAAAAGGAAGAGAGGUAGGCCGCGUAAAGAUUCAACUAAUAAGGAAAACAAGGAUGAGGUUCGGAAACAAAAUUCUGUUUCCCCUAGUAGCACUGCUACAUGUGGCCUUGUUUCAGAUACAGGAUGCCGUUAUGGUCUUAGAGGAGUCAAACUCUCAUCUGUCAUUAUGCGAGCAGAAAAGGGCAUAGGUGAUAAUGUAGAAGAAAAAAUUUAUCAAACUUCAUUUAAGACUGAAAUAAAAACUGAAGUUGAUCCAGAAAAAAUGAUAUUGCCAGAUUCUGUUUCUAUAGCAUCAAAUGAAGAGGCUAUCCCUAAAUCAAACAACAAUUCAGAUGUUGUAAAUGAUGAUCAAAGCAUUGGCAAAAUUGGUCAUGACAGUUCAACCGAUAAUGAAUGGACUCAGAAGAGAAAACCAGGAAGGCCUCGCAAAAAAUUCAAGAUGGAAAUUCCACGCAAAGUAAGAAAAGUCAUUGAUCUUGGAGACAAUAUACCAAUAUAUAAAAGAAGACAGAGAAAUAAUGUGCGAAGUGAAUCUUGCAAAUACUGUGCUAAAAUGUUUUGUGAUUAUACUGGUGUAGAUUGUCAUGUGCGGCGUUGGCACAUGAAGGAGGAGGAUGUAGAAGAAUAUUUGGACCAACUCAAGGAACUAAAGAUUGUGACAUGUCGUAUAUGUAACACAAGUUGUGUAGAUCGUAUUCAACUACAAAUUCAUGAGAAUAGGUAUCACUUUCGAAAUGAAACAGUAAAAUGUAAAGUAUGUAAAAAGAUGUAUAAAAACAUUCAAAGCCUCCGUAAUCACACACUUGCUGUACAUGGGGUGAAAGGACAGCCACAUCUUUGCCAUCACUGUCCUGCUAAAUUCAAGUGGGCAAUGACCCUCAAACAGCACAUUGAGGAAAUACAUGAAGGGAAAAUGAACAUAAUUUGUAAAGUGUGUAACAAAAAAUUUGCCCGGAAAUCCCAACUAACCCGACAUGAACGUAUUCAUGGAUCAGAUGAGUCAAAACGGCUUGUAUGUCCAACCUGUGGAAAGGGGUUCUGGUAUGAAUGUAAUUACCAGAGACACUUGAAAAUAGUACAUGGACCUGUGAAAGAAAACUUUCAUUGCUCGUAUUGUGGGAAAGGAUUUAAUCUGAAAAGUGCAAUGGUUAGUCAUGUGCAGAAAGUCCACCUCAAUAUAUAUCCAUUUAGAUGUCCUCAAUGUAAGAUAGGGUUGGGUCGACGGAAAUUACUAGAGGAACACAUGGCUCAAGCACAUAACAUGUCUGAUAUCAAAGUCCUAGAUGUCAAAAGGGGAAGGUUUAAGUAUGGCCGCAACUCUGAAGAUUUGUUCUACUGCUCGCACUGUAGUCUUAGCUUCUGUUAUAAAACGAAAAUGGUGGAACACAUGCAUAUUGAUCAUGGGACAGAGUUCCCAUUCAUGUGUGAACACUGUUGUCAGGGCUUUCUGGAGAAACACUUCCUCACCAACCAUUUAAAAAAGGCCCAUAAUGAUAUGCAGGAGGAGGAAGCCAUUGACGACUCACUGUCAGAGGGGACAAUUAAAGGGGAGAGAUCCACCCAAACACAGAGUAUCAGGGAAAAUGCAGAUAUGCAGGUAAACAGUGGUGAGUACAAGGAGUGUGUUGAAGUUGCUGAGACGAAGACUGGAGACACUUUGGCUGAAGCAGCCUCAGUCCUGUUAGAGGUUGCUAGUGGUAACAACACUAUCCACUAUGUUCAGUUACAAGAGGAUGGGGAAACUGCAGUGGUGUCACAAGAGUUGUCCAGUCUGCUGCUGGCUGCAGAACAAUCACUUCAACUGUCCGAGGGCGGUGAAGUGGAACUGAGUACAUCUGAUGGCCAGACGUUAACUUAUAUACCACAGGGAGUUGGCAUUGGUGUGGGAGAUCUCCAAACAGUCAGUUCCAAUAUCGUCAUUGACAAUGUCCACAUGGAGACAGAAGUUUGCUCAAACAAUGUGGAAGUAUCUUCUGAAAACAUUGAAUUUUCUUCCAUUGUUAUGGACACUCCUAACAGUGCUGAAAUACCAUCUGGUUCUGUGGAAUAAUGAACAAAAGACCUCUCCAGUUGAUGGACAGAUGAAAUAUCUGAUAUAGAACAAGGAUUUGAAAUUUUUAGAUCAUUCUGAAAAAAUAGAAACAAAAACUUUGCUUGAAUCCAGAGUUAUUUUUUCAAUGAUAUUGUUUAACCAUUUUACAUCACUGCAAUCCCUGAAUUGAACCAACAGAAUUAAACAUGAUUUACAUGCAUUUCUCAGUGAAUGCUUUCAGCACUUGGAAGUUAGAACAACUUAAUGUAUAUAUAAUGUACCCAGGUGGCGAAACUCAUCAAAAAUCAGAUCUGUUUAAACAAGCCAUUCACUGUGAACUAUCUACAUGUAGGUCUACUAACGAAUGCUUUGAUUUUUAUGACACAUUUUAAAAUUUUUACAAGGUCCUUUAACAAAAGUUUGAUGUUUAGCUGAAUAUGAAGUUUGUUGUACACCAGGGAAUAUUUUUAUGUGAUGUUUAUUUAUUCAGUUAAAGCUGAUUUUGAGAUAUGAGUAAAUUUUUAUCUUGUGU